UUCUUUUCGCGGGGAAUAUUCUAACUGCCGUCGUCACAGCGUGGCUGCGCGGGACCGUUUGUGGAUGUUUGACACGCUGUCCUACAGUUUCUUUUUGGUCUCAGUUCUUCUGCCGGUGUAGGUGACGGUUCUCGGACGACAUGCAGCGCAGCAUAGCAUCUUUCUUUCAGCCCAAGAGCAAAGACAAGGAGGUUCAGAAGAAGACGGCGGCUGAACCGGUGAAGAAGCCUGUAAAGAGUCCACUCAAGGUGCAGAACGGCGUGCAGGAAACCAAUUCACCCGUCAAGAAAGUGGUCAAGCGCAGUCGUCAAAUCUUGGACAGCGACGACGAUGACAGCGACGUCGACGAGGCCCCGGUGGUGAAAGAGAAGGUCAGCGACAAGAGACAAGGAGACAAAGGAGUUCAGAGGCAAACGGAAAAGAAGGAUGGAGUCUUCAAGGCGGUGCCCACACCUCUGUCUCCUCCACCAGCUCCAUCCACCCCUGUGACUCCGGCCACCCCGGCCUCCUCAGCCUCCCCAGGAACCCCCACCACCCCCAGCUCCAUCUCCCCGUCAGGAAUCGUUAAACGCAAGACUGCCAGGAAGAUGUUACCGAAGAGGAAGCUGGACCAGAGCAGGAGCAGCAGCGAGAGUCAGAAGGAGGAGUCGGAGGUCAAGGAGCAGCAGGGUCAGGAAAGUAAACGACCCCGGGUGGAGGUCGUCGAUGACAGUCCAGGCAGCCCCGCCGACCCCGUGGAGGAAGGAGCAAAGAUGGAAGUGGAAGAGACGCCGGUGACCCAGGUUAACAGCCCAGAUGAAGAGGAGGAAGCGGAGAAUGCCAAGGAAGGGAGGCGGGCGGCGAGCGCCGAUGAGGAGGAAAAGAAAACUGAGGGGGCGGAAAAGAAAAAUGAAGUGAAGAAAGGAGCCGCGGCUGCCAAGAAGGAGAAGAAGAUGGUUGAAAAGGACAGGGAGGAGGGAGAGGGGGAGGGAGAGGAAGAGGGAGAGGAAGAGGGAGAGAGGAGCCCGAAAAGUCAAGUGGCCAAAGAGCAGGGAGAUAAGGAGGCGGCCAAGAAAACUCCCAUCAGCACUUUCUUUGCCCCCAGAAAAUCUGCAGUGAAGAUGGAGAAGAACGAGGGCGAGAAAAAGGAGAGCGGCGGGAGGAGGAGCUCCGGGGAGGAGAGUAAAGACACCAAAAGUGAGUCAACUUCAGGACAGACAGAGUACGAUCCGUCCAGACCCAACUAUCACCCCGUCGACCACGCCUGCUGGAAACAAGGGCAAAAGGUACCGUACCUGGCCGUGGCUCGGACCUUUGAGAAGAUCGAGGAGGACUCUGGGAGACUGAGGAACAUCGAGACGCUGUCGAACCUGCUCCGCUCCGUGCUGCUGCUCUCUCCAGACGACCUGCUGUGCUGCGUGUACCUGUGUUUGAACCAACUCGGUCCCGCCUACAUGGGGAUGGAGCUCGGUGUCGGAGAGACGGUCCUGAUGAAAGCCGUCGCUCAGGCCACUGGGCGACAGUUGGACAAAAUCAAAGCCGAGGCUCAGGAGAAAGGAGACUUGGGUCUGGUGGCCGAGAGUUCCCGUAGCAACCAGCGCAUGAUGUUCCAGCCGGCCAGUCUGACAGCAGGGGGCGUGUUCAAAAAACUGAAGGAGAUUGCGAGCAUGAGUGGAAACUCGGUGAGCAGCGGAAUGACGUUUUCAUUAGGGGAGAAAAAAAAAUCAACACUGAGGAACAUCGAGACGCUGUCGAACCUGCUCCGCUCCGUGCUGCUGCUCUCUCCAGACGACCUGCUGUGCUGCGUGUACCUGUGUUUGAACCAACUCGGUCCUGCCUACAUGGGGAUGGAGCUCGGUGUCGGCGAGACGGUCCUGAUGAAAGCCGUCGCUCAGGCCACUGGGCGACAGUUGGACAAAAUCAAAGCCGAGGCUCAGGAGAAAGGAGACUUGGGUCUGGUGGCCGAGAGUUCCCGUAGCAACCAGCGCAUGAUGUUCCAGCCGGCCAGUCUGACAGCAGGGGGCGUGUUCAAAAAACUGAAGGAGAUUGCGAGCAUGAUGUUUGUUCUUGUGGUUGUGACGGACAGGUCUCUGGCCGGGAAGCUGAGGAUCGGCCUGGCUGAGCAGAGCGUCCUGUCGGCGCUGACUAUGGCCGUGUGUCUGACACCACCGGGACAAGGUUUCCCUCCAGAAGUGAUUGAUGCAGGGAAGGGAAUGAGCGCCGAGAGCAGACGGGCCUGGAUCGAAGAGAAGAGUCUGAUCCUCAAACAGACCUAUUGGCCUCCACCAGGAGUCCCCCUCAGACCCAUGCUGGCUCACCCCACAAAGGGCGUGGGCGAGGUGCUGAAGAAGUUUGACGAGGCGGCGUUCACGUGCGAGUACAAGUACGACGGCGAGCGCGCACAGAUCCACAUCCUGGAGAACGGAGAGGUGCGAAUUUUCAGCCGCAACCAGGAAGACAACACCAGCAAAUACCCUGACAUCAUCGCCCGCAUCCCUAAGGUGAAGACGGACUCGGUCGUGUCCUGCGUCCUCGACACCGAAGCUGUCGCCUGGGACCGAGAGAAGAAGCAGAUCCAGCCGUUCCAGGUUCUCACCACCAGGAAGAGAAAGGAUGUGGACGCCACAGAGAUCAAAGUUCAAGUCUGCGUCUACGCCUUUGACCUUCUGUAUCUGAACGGCGAGUCCCUGGUGCGGCAGCCGCUGUCUCGGCGUCGGUCCCUCCUGAAGGACAGCUUCUCUGAGGUGGAGGGAGAGUUUGUGUUCGCCCGAUCCAUCAACUCCAACAACACCGACACCAUCGCCGAGUUCCUGGAGCAGUCGGUUCGAGAUUCCUGUGAAGGUCUAAUGGUGAAGACACUGGAGAAGGACGCCACCUAUGAAAUUGCCAAGCGCUCUCAUAACUGGCUGAAGUUGAAGAAGGACUACCUAGAGGGCGUCGGAGACACCGUGGACCUGUGCGUGAUCGGCGCCUACCUGGGGAAGGGCAAGAGGACGGGCACCUACGGGGGCUUCCUGCUGGCCUGCUACGAUGAGGAGAACGAGGAGUUCCAGUCCGUCUGUAAGAUCGGCACAGGUUUUAAAGACGAAGAUCUGGAGCAGCAUUACAAGUUCUUAAAGGUAACGUGGUGUCACAUUUAUCCUAUUGUUGACCCUGAGAAAGGAAUUUCUCUGAGGUUUCCUCGCUUCCUGAGAAUUCGAGACGACAAAAAACCCGAGGACGCCACGAGCGGAGCUCAGAUUGCAGAUUUGUACCAGAAGCAGCAGCAGAUCCAGAACCAGGGGGAGAAGGCGGACCUGGAGGACUACUACUGAUCACCUGCGGUCGUCCACCAAGAAUAUUAAUGAAUGACAAAACUGUCCUGUGAUUGUAAAUAGUCUUUGUCUGUUCCUGUUCUCUAUUUUUUGUCUGUUCCUGUUCUCUAUUGAAGUGUUGAAGAAGACGAAAAAAAAAAAAUAAUAAUAAUAAAGUCCUCUGCUGGUUCUAA